GCCUUCCGAGCCACUCAGAUCGCCCGGCGGCGGACACCCGGGGGCCCUACAAUUAAUACCCGGCGCCCGCCCGCCGCGCCGGGACUCGCGCGCCCGCACUCCGGGAAGGAGGAGCCCGGUCAGCCCCGAUCAGCCUCGCAACUCGCUCUGGUCCGGCAGCUGCGGCGACCGGCGGCCGGACAGACCCUCCCGGGCCCUGCGCCGAGAGCCAGCUGGUGCGGCGUCUGUGCCACCGCCACCGGGGUCCCGCGCGAGGGUGCGCCCCCCGGUCCGGCGCCGCUGCGUAGCGGCCGCCACCUUCGUCGCUGUGGGGAACUUUGUGCGGCGGCCGGCCCGGCAGGUGGGCGAGGGCGGCCGGGCUCCGGCUAAGCGCGCCGAGUAGAUUCUAGCCACAUUGGAGACUGGUUGUUUUCCAAAACUAAAGGAGAAGCCCAUGAAGGGAUGGUGAAUUCUUUUUGAGUUUUGAGUAACAAAAUAAAGAGAGAGUUUGCGUAGAUGACCUUAAAGACUCAGAGAGCUGAGAGAUGAAGAUUUUGAAGUCAUUCUAUAUCUGAAGCCAUGAUUUAAAUAACAGCAUUACAAUUUCAACAAGAAAAACUUAAGCUUCAUUGGAUUUCCACGUCAAAGAAAAGUUCCAAGCUUUCAGAAAGAGUUCUUGCUUGAAGAUAAAGAACAAUUUGCUAACCACAAAAGAGGAAUCGAUGCUAAGCUUUUAACUGCACUUCCUAAAGUUGCAGAAUUAAGAAAAAUCUUUGAACCAAAGAGGAAAGAAUUCUCAGAAAUGAAAAGAAAAGAAAGAAUUGCCAGGCGCUUAGAAGGAAUUGAAGCCGACACUCAGCCCAUCCUCUUGCAGAGCUGCACGGGGUUAGUGACUCACCGCCUACUGGAGGAAGACACACCCCGAUACAUGCGGGCCACAGACCCCGCCAGCCCCCACACCGGCCGAUCAAAUGAAGAGGAAAAAACUUCUGAUUCUUCGGUAGAGAAGCCAAUUCGAUCUAAACCCUACCCAGAAACCUCAGGCGUCCAUGGUGACUCAUCUUACAGUUCAGGGGUCAUGGACACACAGAGUCUUGAGUCCAAAGCCGAAAGGAUUGCCAGGUACAAAGCGGAAAGAAGAAGACAGCUGGCAGAAAAAUAUGGACUAAGUCUGGAUUCUGAAGCAGACUCUGAAUCAACAUCUCGAUAUACCAGGUCCAGGAAGGACCCUGAUGCUGUGGACAAAAGGGGAGGAAAAAGUGACCGACAGGCCGAGUCAAGCAAAGAGUCAAGUUCUCUCUACACCAGGACUGAGAUCUCGGGGCUCAGGACGGGAGUGGCAGAGUCCAGGGACUAUGCCCUCCCCGGGAGCGAUGGCGUCUCGAACACCGACAUGCUGCUCAACGUGGAGAACCAAAGACGAGGUCAAGAGCAGAGUGCCACCGGGCAGGCCCGCGACCUGCCGCCCACGGCUGAGAGCUCCUCAUCCUUCCCGUUCUCCGGGCGAGACUCCUCCUUCAGUGAAGUGCCAAGGUCCCCAAAGCAAGCGCAUGGCGUGUCCCUGUCCUCGCCUCGGCAGCCAGCCUCGCCGAGCCACACCACUGGGGACUCGCCAUUCCCCACCGAGGCUCGGUCCAGUACAGGGAAACCCAAACAUGAGUGGUUUCUACAGAAAGACUCCGAAGGGGACACACCUUCACUUAUCAACUGGCCUUCCAGAGUUAAAGUUAGAGAAAAAUUGGUGAAAGAGGAGAGUGCUCGCAGCAGCCCUGAACUCACCUCAGAGUCCUUAACUCAGAGGAGACAUCAGCCAGUGCAUUACCUGUCCUUUCAGUCAGAAAACUCGGCUUUCGAUAGGGUCUCCAGCAAGGUGGCCAGCUCCGCACGACAGCCCAUCCGUGGCUAUGUCCAGCCUGCAGACCCCGUUCACACUGGCAAGCUGGUGACGUCAGAAACCCCAGAAAAUGAAUCUGAGUGCAGCUGGGUGGGAUCAACCACCCAGGAUGUCCUAAAGCCUCCCACCUUGAAGGUUCUAGAAGGUGACAGAAGGGAUACCCCAGUUCUCCAUAUUUGUGAAUCAAAAGCAGAAGAAGAUGUGCUCUUCACCGAAGCUCUCGAGAAAAGCAAGAAAACACCUUUGGCUGUGGAGGACCGUGGGCUCACAGGAAGCCAUGAAGACACCUCUGGAAAUGAGGACUUUGGCAAGCCGGCUGUUAGCACGAUCACCUUAGAACAUCAGAAGGAACCCGCAAGUCUGCCACACCCACCUCAAGCUCAGCACCAGCGCACUGAGAGAAUGGGCAGGAGCGAAGUGGUUUUAUAUGUUCAGAGUGAGCCUGUGUCCCAAGAUGCCAGGGUGACCAGUCACAAAAAAGAGGCCUCUACGAGGAAGCACAAGGUCCUCACCCGCUCCCUGUCUGACUACACGGGCCCCCCUCAGCUGCAGGCCCUGAAGAGUAAGGACGCAGCUUGGAAGCGAGAGCCGGAGCCGCAGACUCCCAGAGCUGAGGGGCCCCACGCAGAAGUUGGCGUGCUGGACACAAAGGUCUCUGUCGCCCAGCUCCGAAAUGCAUUUCUGGAAUCUGCCCAUGCCAGCAAGAAACCCGAACUCCAAUCACGGGUUGAGAGGUCAGCCGAAGGAGUUGGCUUGCCUACCAGUGUGGAACGGGAGAGAGGGUCCCGGAAACCAAGACGUUAUUUUUCUCCUGGUGAAAGUAGAAAAACUUCUGAGAGAUUUAGAACUCAACCUAUAACCUCAGCAGAACGAAAGGAAUCGGAUAGGUCCGCGUCAACUUCAGAAAUGCCAACUGCCGAUGAUGAAGAAAAUGUAGAUGAACGAGCCAAGUUGAGUGUUGCUGCCAAAAGGCUGCUUUUCAGGGAAAUGGAAAAGUCAUUUGAUGAGAAAAGUGUUCCGAAGCGACGCUCAAGAAACGCGGCUGUGGAGCAAAGGCUGCGGCGUCUGCAGGACAGAUCCCACACCCAGCCCGUCACCACCGAGGAGGUGGUCAUCGCGGCCACGGAACCUAUCCCUGCUUCGCGCUCUGUGGCCACCCACCCCAUAGUGAGGAGACUUCCUAGUCCCACCGUAGCUAAGAGCACUGUGCAGCCGGCCAGAUUACAGGCAUCUGCUCACCAAAAGGCUUCAGCCAGAGACCAGGCAAAUGAGAGCAGAGAUUCUACUGAACAAGGUGAACCUGAUUCCUCCACGCUCAGCUUAGCAGAGAAGCUGGCCUUGUUUAACAAAUUGUCCCAGCCAGUCUCAAAAGCUAUUUCUACCCGAAACAGAAUAGACAUGAGACAGAGGAGAAUGAACGCUCGCUAUCAGACUCAGCCAGUCACGCUUGGAGAAGUGGAGCAGGUGCAAAGUGGCAAGCUCAUACCUUUCUCACCUGCUGUUAACACAUCAGUGUCCACCGUGGCAUCUACAGUCACUCCAAUGUACGCCGGGAGUCUUCGGACAAAGCCAUCUGUGGAUGACAACACAAAUGCCACUGACCAUAGGUUUCCUUCUUCAAUAGAAAAUUCAGACUCUCCGGUUAGAAGCAUCCUGAAAUCCCAAGCCUGGCAGCCUUCGGUAGAGGGGAGUGGGAACAAAGGAAUGUUGAGAGAAUUUGGAGAGAUGGAAAGCAAGCAAGUCUUGACAGGUGGAGAUGGUGGUGUUAAAAAGUACAGCUCCUUUGAGGAAGCAGAGCCGUCCUACCCCAUCCUGAACAGAGUCCGGGAAGGAGACAGCCAUAGAGAACCCAAAUAUGCUGUUCUGAGGAAGGGAAGCCUGGAACUAGCUAGUCCUCCCACGGCUCAUCUUGGUGAUGAACUGCAGGAAUUUCCCACGGCUCAAAGCUCUGCACAAGGGAGCCCAGACUCAAAGGACAGGCAGCCCUUUGACGAGACGGUGGCCAUGGAGAAUGUGUCAAAAAGGAAAUUUUCCCUAAGGGCGGCAGAGUUCGGGGAGCCCGGCUCUGAGCAGCCAGGCACCGCUGCCAGGAAAGCUGUGGCUCAAACUGCAACCCCGGUGUCCUGGAAACAGCAAGAUCCCUCAGAACAACCACAGGAGAAACUCUAUAAGAAUCCAUGUGCGAUGUUUGCUGCUGGAGAGAUCAAAGCACCCACGGUGGAGGGUGUCCUGGAUUCGCCCAGCAAGACCAUGUCAAUUAAAGAAAGAUUAGCACUGUUGAAGAAAAGCGGUGAGGAAGACUGGAAAAACAGACUUUCCAGAAAGCAGGAGUACGGCAAAGCAUCUGUCAGCAGCAGCCUGCACAUCCAAGAAGUGGAACAGUCACUCAAGAAGAAGGGCCCGCCGUAUAUUUCAGUCACACCUUCCCUGUGCUCGGAGGAGGAAGAAGGAGGAUUUACAGAUGAUAGUGCCAUUUCUAAUCUGCUUUGGGAACCUGUGUAUGCUUCUACUUAUUCUCCUGCUAUACCUGCUGCCCAUAAAUACCUGUCUUUUGUAUCUGUUAAUCAGCGGGUCACAGAAAGUCCGGAGAGCCAGAUGUCUAUCGAAGAGAGGAAGCACCUCAUUACCGUGAGAGAAGACGCCUGGAAGACAAAAGGCAAAGGAGCAGCCAACGACUCCACCCAGUUUACGGUGGCCGGCAGAAUGGUGAAGAAAGGUUUGGCAUCCCCCACUGCUAUAACUCCAGUGGCGUCCCCUAUUUGCAGUAAAACAAGGGGCACAACGCCAGUUUCCAAACCCCUGGAAGAUAUCGAAGCCAGGCCAGACAUGCAGUUGGAGUCGGACCUGAAGUUGGACCGGCUGGAAACCUUUCUGAGAAGGCUGAAUAACAAAGUCGGUGGGAUGCAGGAAACUGUACUCACUGUCACUGGCAAGUCUGUGAAAGAGGUGAUGAAGCUGGACGAUGACGAAACCUUUGCCAAAUUUUACCGCAGUGUGGACUAUACCGUACCGAGAAGCCCGGUGGAGCUGGACGAGGACUUCGAUGUUAUUUUCGAUCCUUAUGCCCCCAAGCUGACGUCUUCUGUGGCCGAGCACAAGCGUGCAGUUAGGCCCAAGCGCCGGGUUCAGGCUUCCAAAAACCCCCUGAAAAUGCUGGCAGCCAGAGAAGACCUUCUGCAGGAAUACACUGAGCAGAGAUUGAACGUGGCCUUCAUGGAGUCGAAGCGGAUGAAAGUAGAAAAGAUGUCCUCCAACUCCAACUUCUCAGAAGUCACUCUGGCAGGUUUAGCCAGUAAAGAAAACUUCAGCAGCGUCAGCCUGCGGAGCGUCAACCUGACGGAACAGAAUUCCAACAACAGCGCGGUGCCCUACAAGAAGCUCAUGUUGCUCCAGGUUAAAGGAAGAAGACACGUGCAGACGAGGCUGGUGGAACCUCGAGCCUCGUCACUCACCAGCGGGGACUGCUUCCUCCUGGUCUCUCCCCACUACUGCUUCCUGUGGGUGGGAGAGUUUGCCAACGUCAUAGAAAAGGCGAAGGCCUCCGAACUUGCGACCUUAAUUCAGACGAAGAGGGAACUUGGUUGCCGAGCUACUUACAUCCAGACUAUCGAAGAAGGCAUUAAUACACACACACAUGCAGCCAAAGACUUCUGGAAGCUUCUGGGUGGCCAAACCAGUUACCAAUCUGCUGGAGACCCAAAAGAAGAUGAACUAUAUGAGACAGCCAUCAUAGAAACCAACUGUAUUUACCGUCUGAUGGAGGACAAACUUGUGCCUGAUGAUGACUACUGGGGGAAGAUUCCCAGAUGCUCCCUUCUGCGAUCAAAAGAGGUACUUGUGUUUGAUUUUGGGAGUGAAGUGUACGUGUGGCAUGGAAAAGAAGUCACAUUGGCACAACGGAAAAUAGCAUUUCAGCUGGCAAAGCACUUAUGGAAUGGAACCUUCGACUAUGAGAAUUGUGACAUCAACCCACUGGAUCCUGGAGAAUGCAACCCUCUUAUUCCCAGAAAAGGACAGGGGCGGCCUGAUUGGGCAAUAUUUGGGAGACUCACAGAACACAAUGAGACGAUUUUGUUCAAAGAGAAAUUUCUCGAUUGGACCGAAUUGAAGAGACCUAAUGAGAAGCAGGCCGGCGAGCUCGCCCAGCAGAAGGAAGAUCCUAGGGUGGACGUCAAGCCGUACGACGUGACCCGGAUGGUGCCCGUGCCCCAGACGACAGCCGGCACCGUGCUGGACGGGGUGAAUGUCGGCCGUGGCUACGGCCUGGUGGAAGGCGACGACAGGAGGCAGUUUGAGAUUGCCAGUGUCUCUGUGGACGUCUGGCAUAUCCUCGAGUUCGACUACAGCAGGCUCCCCAAGCAGAGCAUCGGGCAGUUCCAUGAGGGGGAUGCCUAUGUGGUCAAGUGGAAGUACAUGGUGAGCACCGCAGUGGGAAGUCGACAAAAGGGAGAGCAUCCGAUCAGGGUGGCCGGCAAGGAGAAGUGUGUCUACUUCUUCUGGCAAGGCCGGCAGUCGACCGUGAGCGAGAAAGGCACGUCGGCUCUGAUGACGGUGGAGCUGGACGAGGAAAGGGGUGCCCAGGUCCAGGUUUUGCAGGGGAAGGAGCCCCCAUGCUUCCUGCAGUGCUUCCAGGGGGGGAUGGUGGUGCACUCUGGGAGACGAGAAGAGGAGGAAGAAAAUGCGCAAAGUGAAUGGAGGCUGUACUGUGUGCGAGGAGAGGUGCCCGUCGAAGGGAAUUUGCUGGAAGUGGCCUGUCACUGCAGCAGCUUGAGGUCCAGGACUUCCAUGGUUGUCCUCAACGUAAAUAAAGCUCUCAUCUACCUGUGGCACGGAUGCAAAGCCCAGCCCCACACAAAGGAGGUUGGACGGACAGCAGCAAAUAAAAUCAAAGAACAAUGUCCCCUGGAAGCAGGCCUGCAUAGUAGCAGCAAAGUGACCAUACACGAGUGUGACGAAGGGUCGGAGCCCCUGGGAUUCUGGGACGCCUUAGGAAGGAGAGACAGGAAAGCCUACGACUGCAUGCUCCAAGAUCCUGGAAAUUUUAACUUCACACCCCGCCUGUUCAUCCUCAGCAGUUCCUCUGGCGAUUUCUUAGCCACGGAGUUCAUGUAUCCCGCCCGAGACCCCUCUGUGGUCAAUUCUAUGCCCUUCCUGCAGGAAGAUCUGUAUAGCGCUCCACAGCCAGCCCUCUUCCUCGUUGACAAUCACCAUGAGGUGUACCUCUGGCAAGGCUGGUGGCCCAUCGAGAACAAGAUCACCGGGUCCGCCCGCAUUCGCUGGGCCUCCGACCGCAAGAGCGCCAUGGAGACGGUGCUGCAGUACUGCAAAGGAAAAAAUAUCAAGAGGCCGCCCCCCAAGUCUUACCUUAUCCACGCUGGUCUGGAACCCCUGACGUUCACCAAUAUGUUUCCCAGCUGGGAGCACAGAGAGGAUAUUGCGGAAAUCACAGAAAUGGAUACAGAAGUUUCAAAUCAGAUCACCCUUGUGGAGGAUGUCUUAGCCAAGCUCUGUAAAACCAUUUAUCCACUGGCUGAUCUCCUCGCCAGGCCACUGCCUGAGGGAGUUGAUCCUCUAAAGCUUGAGAUUUAUCUUACCGAUGAAGACUUUGAGUUUGCACUCGACAUGACGAGAGAGGAGUACAAUGCACUGCCCGCCUGGAAGCAGGUGAACCUGAAGAAAGCUAAAGGUCUGUUCUGAGGGGAGAGACGCUGGAGGCACCUCUGUUGUCACUUUCAGUACCAUUGGACCAGGAAAAUGGAGAUUUUUUGGGACUGGUAUUUUAAGAAAGAUUUUUUAAUCAGAGUUUUCAACACCUGAACUUAUUAGCUCUACUGCUUGUCCUGGAGUUGUGUAUUUUGUAAAUGUUUCGGAGAACUCUUGGGAAAGUCUCUUUCCACGAUGCCGCAGGUCCUGUUAAUAAAAUACCCUGGUGUGCACUUAGCAGCUCCCACAGCUGCUCCAGCACUGCCCUCCCGUUCCAGCGAAGCGUUGCCUAUUUUUUUUGAAGCAGUUCUCUUUAUAAAGUGUUAUUUUGAUAGUUUGUGGAUUCUAAAAUAUAUAUAUAUUUAUAUAAACACCAUAUAAAUCAAAUAUGUAUUUAACAAAGCAAUAUAUAUUCAUUCACUUUUAAGAUUUUUUUUUUCUGGUGUCAAAAUAAUAUGAAAAAGUAGAUGGAGUUGCUUCUACGGAGUCAGCUCUGCCACCAACACGUAUCUUCUCACAUGGCCCGAAACGUCGCCUGCAGCGUUAGGCCUGGCUUGUUCUGAGUGCUGCUUCCGGUGCUAAAAUGAACAAAGAAUUCAUACUUCCUUGCAUGGGCUCUGAAGAAUCUGUGCAAAUCUACCUUCUACCUUAAUAUCGCCCCAAAAUGUAUAGUGCCUUGUUUUUAUGUACAGUUUAUAUACAGAAAAGUUUGCUCUGCAUUUUUUGAUGGUGGUUUGGAACAUUAUCUACAAUUUUACUCUAAAAUAGUAGAAAUUUAAAAACAUCUCAAUUUCUAAUACCUGUUGUAAACAUUAAACAUGUCAUUUUGCGAUAUAGGACUCCAAAAUAAAAGCUUCAGAAUAAACACAA